ACCCAUUUGGCAUUUUUGCAAAUACCAAAAUAUGGCGACGAGAAGGGGAGCUUCUUUGGCUUGCUGCUGCGUCUUUCUUUUGUUUUUCAUGGAAAAUGUCCAUGGUAACCCUAAUUAUGGAGAGGCUCUUGCAAAAUCUUUGUUGUUUUUUCAAGGCCAGAGGUCAGGCAGACUCCCCAAGACUCAACAAAUCACUUGGAGAUCCAACUCCGGCCUCUCAGAUGGCAAGCUUGCCCAAGUGGAUUUAACUGGAGGCUACUACGAUGCUGGAGACAACGUAAAAUUCAACUUCCCAAUGGCCUUCACAACCACAAUGCUCUCCUGGAGCACACUUGAAUACGGCAAAAAUUUGGGCUCACAACUCUCAAACGCUAGAACAUCCAUUCGUUGGGCCACAGACUACCUUCUAAAAUGUGCCACAGCCACCCCUGGCAAGCUCUACGUUGGCGUGGGUGAUCCCAAUGUUGACCACAAGUGCUGGGAAAGACCUGAAGACAUGGACACAGUGAGGUCCGUGUACUCGGUUUCACAGAGCAACCCUGGCUCGGACGUGGCAGGAGAGACCGCAGCGGCAUUGGCGGCAGCCUCCAUGGUGUUCAGUACAGUUGAUCUAAAAUAUUCAAAUUUGUUGCUAAGAACAGCCAAGAAAGUUAUGCAAUUUGCAAUGCAAUAUCGUGGUGCUUAUAGUGACUCUCUCGGAUCUGUCGUUUGCCCUUUUUAUUGUUCAUAUUCCGGAUAUACUGAUGAGCUUAUGUGGGGAGCUGCAUGGCUUUUUAGCGCAACAAAUGAUGUAACUUAUUUCAAUUUCCUGAAAUCCGUAGGAGAUGAUAGUGGCACUGACAUAUUCAGCUGGGACAACAAAUAUGCUGGAGCUCAUGUUCUCCUGGCAAGGCGAGCUUUACUGAACAAGGAUACAAAUUUUGAGCAAUAUAGACAAGAAGCCGAAAAUUUCAUGUGCAAGAUUUUACCCAACUCGCCGAUGACAUCUACUCAAUACACACAAGGUGGGCUCAUGUUUAAGCUACCUGAAAGUAAUCUACAAUACGUUACAUCCAUAACAUUUCUUCUUACCACUUAUGCUAAGCACAUGACAGCCACACAGCACAAUUUUGACUGUGGCAAUUAUGUGGUCACCCCAAAUCACUUGAUAAACCUUGCAAAAAGACAGGUGGACUACAUAUUAGGUGUGAACCCAAUUAAAAUGUCUUACAUGGUUGGAUUUGGACCAAAUUUUCCAGGGAGAAUUCAUCAUAGAGGGUCUUCUUUGCCUUCUGUUUCAAAUCACCCACAAAACAUAGGUUGUGAUGAGGGUUUCCAACCAUUCUUUUACUCAUCGAGCCCUAACCCUAACAUUUUAGUUGGAGCCAUUGUGGGUGGUCCAAAUCAAAAUGACGAGUACCCAGAUGAUCGUGGUGACUAUAGUCACUCAGAACCAGCCACAUAUAUCAAUGCUGCUAUUGUUGGACCAUUAGCAUAUUUUGCUGGCAGCCGUUCUAGCUGA